AUGCCCAAGAACAAGGGAAAGGGCGGCAAGAACCGCAGACGAGGUACCAAGGAGAAUGACGAUCAACGCCGAGAACUGACCUUUAAGGAAGAUGGUCAAGAAUACGCUCAGGUCAUCAAGAUGCUCGGAAACGGACGGCUCGAGGCCCUCUGCUUUGACGGAAGCAAGCGUCUUGCAAAUAUUCGGGGCAAGAUGAGGAAGAAAGUCUGGAUCAACCAAGGCGAUAUCAUCCUUCUUUCGCUUCGUGAUUUCCAAGACAACAAGGGCGAUGUUAUUCUCAAGUACACUGCGGACGAGGCUCGCUCCCUCAAGUCCUAUGGAGAGCUUCCCGAGCAUGCCAAGAUUAAUGAGACUGAUACCUUUGGCCAAGGCGAAGACGGAGAGGCCUAUUUCGAGUUUGGAGACGCCGACUCCGAUGAGGACUCUGAAGAGGGCGACAAGAAGAAGGAAGUCGACAUUGACGACAUCUAG